AUGAUCAGGCAUCCCAGCCUGGGCUGCAUCAAAGCCCGGGGUUGGGCCCUCUGCCUGUUGACCACCAGCCUCACUCCUCACCGCACGCCGACGACGGCGACAGAAAUAGCAGCCGUUGCUUACCUAUUAUUACGACGCCCCAUCCUGAUGCUCCUCCCUGAUGCUAGACUACAGGAGAAAACGACAACAAAACAUCGUCUUCAGGCUUGGAACUCUGCGAGCACCCUCACGAUAAUGUUGCUGCAGGCUUGUAAUCGGGCUUGUCCACUAUUGAGUCCGCUGGGCACCAAUACACCAACACAGCUUAGCCCGGGCCAUUGCCUGAUGGUGAUGGUGCUUCUUUGUCCUCGGUACCAGUACCUACUGGUUACCCAGCCUAUUGCUGUCAUCAUCAACCCCGUAGCCCGUGUGGGGAAAGGGAAGAUGAGGGCUGUGACGGGUACAUGGCGGUCAACCAAGCGCCAGCAAGUCAUCGCUGGUAUUCUUUGGGCUCUCCAGCUGCUGGGCAACUGCAAAGGAGCCAAACCCACACGUGGUCGGGCUCACGCUCGGUUGCUGCUGAAACGACACCCGCUCGAGCUUGAGCGACCCGUUGGCGUGGUUUGGGUUGAUCGGCCAGGGGCGGCGCCGUCGUCGAUCAUCCAGUGUCCGCUGUGUGAAGACUGCGAAACAUUAUUAUUAUUGCCGGCCCAGUCAAAAAGAUCAGACGAUGCGCGACUCGUCCUCAUCAAAUCUUCUCCAUUAUUCUCUUUUUCUCGUCUCUCCCACCGCCAUUCCGCAUCUCAUUUCGCAGCUGCCGGCUCCACCACGGAUCACCGCCCGGCAGCCUGUUCGUGUGCCAUGGUCCUCCUGUAUAUACGACCUUGCCCUGCCGUACAUGUUCAUCCCCCCUCCUCGUUCGUGCUGACUGCCGAGGAUGCGGCGCUUCGUGUCGUCGUCGUCACCACGCGGUGUUGUUUGUUGCUGAACCCCCACGGUGCUGCAUCAUUCUCCCGAAGAAACCCCAGCAUGCAAACAAACCCUUGCAAAAAGUCCGAGUCGCGUGACGACUCCCUCGCUCGGCCCCGGCCAUGCCUCGCUGGCCUUUCCCGGCUUCGCUCGGCGUUCCAGAAAAAAGCAUCAGACGGCUCCACGAUUUCCAGCCCCUGGCCAAGCCCGCUCCAUCCGCCCACCACUCCCCCGCCAUUUCUCCCCUGUCAAUCCGCACGUCACAUGGCCACCGCGGCGGUGUGCCAUCGCGGUGGACCGCGAGCUUUACCGCCCAAUCGCCUUUUCCAUUUCUCUUUCUUCUGCUGGCCGCUAUCAUCUUUUCUUUGAAUAUGCCAAUGCACCUUCCAUGCACCUUCCAAGCUCUUCCCCUCUGCAUUCAUGAAUCAUCGAGGCCGGCCUGGUGUACUCCUCUUUCAUCCGGUCAGCUGAACCCCAAUGUCCAGCGCAUACCAAGGGUUCCACCAUUGACCGUACAUACACCCCAU